GAAUGCAAAUAGGGUUCAAAUGCAAACGAAAAGACUUGAACCAAGACUUUCUCCAACUUGAACUCUAAUACCAUGUUAGGUCACUGAUUCUCCCAAAAACUUAAAGCUGAUAGAAAAUGGGCUCAUCAAUAUAUAUCAAGCUAUUCAACACUAUGGAAUACUUAUGGAAUAUGAACUUUUUCAGAUGCUCAUUGACUCUGGAUGUACAGGCUGAAGGUUACAAACCCAAGUAUAAAUCAUUGCAAGAAGUUCUGAAGUCAAGCCGCAAGAUGGAAGCCAAGUUAAUUGGAUACGAUGAAGCACCAAUUGAUGUUACUGCUCCGGAUGCUAUUCCAUUCGGUAACUUGAAGUUGCAAGAAUCUUCCAGAAGUCAGUAUAACGUUAAAGUGGACCACCUUGAUGAAGAGCCUAAAAAGAUUUUCCCAGUCAGUAUCAGACCUAUAAGACCACCCCAACCUCUGCUUGAGGCACAGAAACCACAAUCGACUGCAACCAUCGAAAACAAUAGCUGCAAUUCAGACCCACUGGCAACAGGUGGCUCAUCUAAGAAAUCAGCAAGGUCAUGGUUGUAUGAAAUUUGUGCGGCUAACUGUUGGAAACCUCCAUCUUUUGAAUGUUGCAACGAGACAGGACCACAUCACUUGAAAGAAUUCACUUUCAAGGUGUCUGUGAAAAUUGAAGAAGCCUCGGAUGUGCUUACAGCUUUUGGAGCACCUCAUUCCAGAAAGAAAGACGCAGCAGAGCAUGCAGCCAAAGGGGCAAUUUGGUACCUAAAGAAUGCUGGAUAUGUGCAUGAGUAAAACAGAGGUUAAUUUCUAACCUUUCUUGAGUUAGAGUGAAAGAACCAUUUGCCCAUCCAUAUGUACGCAUAGUUAUUUACAAGCAGGUAACCAUUGACUUAACUCUUAAAUAGCAAAGACUAACUUUCUAUGGAUAUGAUAACUGUAAAAACUGCUACUUAUGUGGCUGAUGCCCCGAAGGGAAGGCAUGGGUGAUCGAUCGCCCAUUAUCGUGUAUAUAACUGAAGUGUGUGAUGAGAUAUGAAUAUAUGUAGAAAUCGUUCAAGUCGAUUCGCAAAAAACAUCUGAGCAGAUGAUUUGAGACUCCUCGGUUGUUUGACAGAUGAUUGGAAGAAACAAGGUGGUUGUUUGCCAUGGUCUCCUA